AUGGCCACUCAACAAGUAAAUGUGCACAUGAACUAUGGAAAUGGUGAUACCAGCUACACCAACAAUUCAGCAUUUCAGAAAAAUGGGAUACUAAAAGCAUGGCAUGUCUUGGAGGAGACCCUCAAAGACAUGUUUAGCAAUCACACGACCGCUUUCUCUCCGGAACACUUGUUCAGGGUGGCCGACUUGGGCUGCUCGUCUGGGCCCAACGCCCUUUUCGUCAUCUGGCGCAUAAUCGGCAAAAUCGAGGAGCUUUGCAAGGAAAAUGGGUACGGGCUUGGACCCGAGCUCGAAGUGUUUCUGAACGACCUACCGGGAAAUGACUUCAACAACGUCUUCAUGAUGUUGCCUGAAUUCUAUCAAAAGCUUAAUAAUAAUCAUGAGAACACAAAUAAUAUGGAUGUUAUUAGUCAAAGGCCCAAAACAUUUAUAUAUGGCUUGCCAGGCUCAUUUUAUGGGAGAUUAGUCCCACGCAACAGCCUCAACUUUGUUCACUCAUCAUUUGGUCUUCAAUGGCUCUCUCAGGUUCCACAAGGAUUGGAGAAUAAUAGGGAAAACAUACACCUGGCCAUGGCAAGUCCCCCUGAUGUUUUUGCAGCUUAUUACAGCCAAUUUAAGAGAGAUUUCACCACAUUUCUCGAGUCACGUGCGGUCGAAAUGGUUGUUGGGGCCCGAAUGGUCCUAACGUUCGUCGGUAGAAGUGUCGAGAGCACCUCGGCAAAAGAUGAACAGCAGCACCUCAGACUGCUCUCCGAUACACUUCUUGACAUGGUCCAAGAGGGGCUCGUCAAGGAGGUCGACUUGCAUUCAUUCAACUUCCCUGUAUACACACCGAGCAAACAAGAAGUCGAGACACUUGUUCGUGAACACGGGUCGUUUAACUUGGAUAGGCUCGAGGGCUUUUUCGUCCCUUGGGACUCAUCACAUGUUAAGCAUGGCAACGAUUAUGAAGCGGGAGUCGACAAAUUCGAAAGAGGGAGGCUGGCUUCGAUUCGUGUACGUGCAUUUUCCGAGCCAAUUUUAGCUUCUCAUUUUGGAAAAUCUAUCAUCGAUGAUUUAUUCGCGAGGUACGCGAAGAAAAUGGCCGAACACCUGUCGAAGUUGAAGGAGGAGCCGUCGCUUUUCAAUAUAGUAAUUUCAUUGAGCAAGAAGUAA